AUGGCGACAAACGGCGAGUCUUCUUCUGCGAACCCGUCCGCGGGUGGCGGGAGCAAUGCAGGCCAGGACCGUAAGCAGCGUUUCGGAGGCUCUCGCUUCAACAGCAACAACCAGCGUGGUAAAAAGGGCCGUGGCGGCAAGUCGUCGGAUGGCAAGCGUGGCGAGAAGCGUGAAGGCACCAACGACUGGCGCGAGUACAAGCGACGCAAGGUAGAUUCCGCGGGCGAGGUCAUCGAGGCCAAGAAUCCCUUCUCCAAGGACGAAAUCGCGGCCGAAGAGCGACGACCCAAGCGCAAGGUGGCGGUCAUGAUUGGGUACAGCGGCACGGGAUACAAGGGCAUGCAGGUCAACGGCGACGAGCCCACGAUCGAGAGGGACCUGUUCCAGGCCUUCAUCAAGGCCGGUGCCAUCUCCAAGGCCAACGCCGACGACCCCCGCAAGUCGAGCCUGGCCCGCUGCGCGCGCACCGACAAGGGCGUCCACGCCGCGGGCAAUGUCAUCAGCCUGAAGCUCAUCAUCGAGGACGAGGACAUUGUGGAGAAGAUCAACGAGGCGCUCCCCGAGCAGAUCCGCAUCUGGGGCAUCCAGCGCACCAACAACAGCUUCAACUGCUACCAGUACUGCGACUCUCGCUUUUAUGAGUACCUGCUGCCCAGCUACUGCCUGCUCCCUCCCCACCCACAGACCUUUUUGGGCCAGAAGCUCGUCGAGCUGAACAAGGAAUACGGGUACGAGGACCAAUAUCACGCCAACAUGGCCGACGUCAAGAACUUUUGGGCAGAGGUCGAGGAGAACGACAUCAAGCCGAUCCUCGCCAAGCUAGAGCCCGAGGUCCGCGCCGCCGUGCUGGAGCGCAUCCACUCGAUGGACGACCCCGAAGCCGAAAAGGAAGAGGCGGCGGCCAAGGACGAGGCCAAGAACGACGCACCCGCCGCCGCUGAGCAAGAAGCCCCGUCGACCGCCGCUGCCGAGCCGAAACCCGCCGCGGAGAACCCCGUCGUGCUGACGAGCGCCAAGCCCAAGGGCCGCGAGCUCGGCCCCGUCGACUUUGCCCUGCGCGACAUCAAGGCCGCCUACAUCAACGCGAAGCGCCGGUACCGCAUCACGCCGGAGCGCCGCGCGCGCCUGCAGGACGCGCUCAACAAGUACGUGGGCACGCGCAACUUCCACAACUACACGGUGCAGAAGCCGUACGGCGACCCGUCGGCCAAGCGCACCAUCAAGUCGUUCCAGGUGAACCCCACGCCCGUCAUCAUCAACAACACCGAGUGGCUGUCGCUCAAGGUGCACGGGCAGAGCUUCAUGAUGCACCAGAUCCGCAAGAUGGUCGGGCUGGUGAGCCUGAUGGUGCGCUGCGGCACGCCGCUCGACCGCAUGGACGAGAGCUACCGCGACAACAAGAUGGCCAUCCCCAAGGCGCCCGGGCUGGGCCUGCUGCUGGAGCACCCCGUGUUUGGAAACUACAACCGCCGCGCGUCGGACAACCUGGGCCGCGCGGAGAUUGACUUUGAAAGGUACGCGGACAAGAUGGGCGCGUUCAAGGACAAGGAGAUUUAUCAGCGCAUCUUUGACGUAGAGGAAAAGGAGAAUACGUUCCACGCCUUUUUCAACCAGAUUGAUCAGUUCAAGGCAAACCACUUCCUGUGGCUGACGGCUGGCGGUCUCAAGGUGGCUGAGAUUAACAAGGAAGAGAGCGGCGGCAAGUCGGAAAACGUGGACAAGCAGCUCGGCGACGAAGACGAGGAGGAUCCCGACGGUGGUCAGGGAUAG